AUGGCUGAUACCACAACGUCCAGCCCCGCAGCGAACUGCCUGGAGAAGCUGAAGGCUUACGUGAAGACCCAGAAAGGCUUCAUCCUCGCGGCAGAAAUAGUCCUCAGUUUUAUCAUCCUCAUCUGCUAUGCUGCGUCUCUGUACGGGGGCUACUCCGCCGUCGCCAUCUGCGAGAUGGUCUUCGCCAUGAUCUUCUUUGGCAUCUUCAUGAUGGAGAUGGACAAGCAGAUCCAAGUGGUCAACUGGGUCUGGAGUGAUUUUUUCCGCGCCAUCAUCGGCGCUUUUCUUUACAUCAUCACUUCUCUCAUAUGCGUCAUCGGUGGAGCAGGGGACGGAGCGCGGAUCGCGGGUGGGGUUUUUGGUUUGAUUGCAGGCCUGCUGUUUGCAUAUGACACCUACACCAUCUAUCUGCAAAUUAGGAGUUCCAGGCAGCACAUGGCAGCUUCCACUGGUGAGGGCACUUUGUGUAUUUCCUGA